AUGGCGCCCUCCUUCACCUCCAGACCUCGCUCUGGCGAAGGACGACCGAUCUCCCGCGAUGACGACAACAACCUAGUCGUCCCCAAUCGAACAUCGUCGCUGCACUCGCGCAUCGCCCAGCCCAUACCAUCACACAUGCCUCAGCCAAAGACGGGCUCGCGUGCGCCCAAGACACUGACCCAUGCCUACAUGGUAUGUGGUGUCGGACGGGAGCCGUCGCAAUGGGUGAAGGCGCCUUCUCCCGGCCAAGGCAAGAUUGGGCACAUGAAGGGUGCUGUCGGGCAAUUCUGGCUGCCGGAGAUUCUGGGGAGCAGUCCGCGGUUGGAGCAGGACAACGAGAUUGCCAGAUCUCUCCACGCAGCGAUGAGGGCGUGCUUUCCUCACGACGUGGAAAUCUGCACGGGCACGAGCCAACCACACUGCGUCCACCACGCGUUCGUGCUACAGCAAGACUCGUCGCAUACGCUAUACGGUAUCGCCCUACGUGUGUGGUCGCGAGCCGACGAGAAGCGUGCAGAGACCAUCCGCGACCUUCGAAAACGCACUGAACCUGACUACUAUGACUCUCCUGGCGAAACCUACUGGAUCCCGUACUGCUUGUCCUUCUUGUCGCGAUAUCCUCUGUACAACCUGCUUGGAGACUACCUGCGAGGAAUGUGGAUCCACUGGAACAAGGCGACGAACCUCUUCCAUGCCGAGGAAGUCUCGCGGAUCCUGAGCUUUCCCGCUCCCAGGCUGAACGACCUUGUGCGCAUUGACAUGAAGGAUUACGCCCUAUGCUACCAGUUCCCAUCCAACCCGAAUGGCUUCCAGAACUUUGCUUUGUGGCCCUUGUUCUGCUGCUUGUCGAUUCCCAACAUCGUCGGUGUGCUCGAGGCCGCUGUCUCGCCAACACGGAGGAUCAUCUUCAUAUCCCACUAUCCCGCGAUGCUCACCGUGGCCACGGAAACGGUCCGAUACAUGGUCCGCGUUUACGAGUGGAGUGGACUGUACGUACCAGUCGUGCAUGCCCGUCACGCAAAGGAGCUUGUCCAGGAGCCAGGACCAUACAUCCUGGGAAUGACUGCGGAGUGCCGAACCCUGUUCACAGCACCAUCGGAUGCGCUGGUGGUUGACCUCGACCGGAACUUCGUGCUUACAUCGAGUCCUCCCACCGCAUGGAGCGCAAAGCAGCGCCAGAAGCUCAUCUCCCGCAUGACACAGGCGCUCAAUGGAGAUGUGGCGCCGUCUGGUGUGCCGCAACACUUGCGAUCAGCUUAUGGUGGUGGUAAACUCAUCCCUGCCGGUCAGAUCAUAGUGAUGCGAGGUGAGGUAGAGAGCGUUCAAGAUCCUGGUUGGUGGAACCAAGAUGAGAUUAUGAAAGUCAUGGAUCACGCCUGUGAUAAGUUGGGCAAAAACACUGGAGUCAAAGCCAUGUUCGGCGGUGCUCAGAAGAAGCCCCUCAUGACGAAGGUUUCGAUGCGUCACCUGAAUGAGAUCGUCAGGGAGCGCAAUCAAUACUCUCGGGAUGCCAUGGAGGCCUGGCAAGACUUUAUCAACCUUAAGGGUCGCAUGGACACAGAGCUCACCAAGGUUACUAAGCGCAACAACUUCCUGGUCGAGGAGCUCGAAAGCUGGAAGCAGCAGUUCCUCAAGUUCCAAGCAUUUGCUGAACAGCUCACCAAGGAGACCAACGAGCUCAAGAUCAAGAUCGAAGGUCACAAGCGGGAGAAUCGCCGACUUACCAGCCUCAUUGACCAGCAGAAGGAUGACACGGCCAGACUCACGGUCCGCCUGUCGGGCACAGAGAAGCAGAGAGACGACGCACUUGAGGCUUUGGUCCUGCAACAGGAGAUCGCAGAAGAGCUCGAGCGAGAACGCAAGAGGAACAAGAAGGACUUGUCUGCCAUGCAACAUACUAAUGCAACCCUUCUCCGCCAACGUGACGAAGCGCAACGUGUUGUGCUGCACCUCCGAGCACUCAUCGAUGGACAAGCCCACCACAUGCAACAUAUUGUCAAGACAUUGAACGACUCUACGCCCGCUGACGCAGCAGAGUUCCUUGACGCAGAGGAGGACCAGACCGAGAAGGACUUCAAGGACGCUUCCGAGAUUGGUGCAAUCCAAGGAAUGGGCGGAAUGCGCUCGAGCGCAUCUUCGCGAGCAAGCACACGGUUAUCGCAGUAUCGCAUUGACGGUGAGGAUGUCUCUUCCGCUAUGGAGGCUCGCCUCCGAAGCACUUCCGCUGCCCGCAAACGUCUGUCAGAACUCAGCAUGACUGACGUCGCAGAUCGUCACCUCCGCGACAAGACCGAUGCGAUCGCCUACAUAAUCCGCAACAUCUCAGAACAAUGCGCCGCCGCCGUCGAAGGCCUCGACCUCGCACGCCGUGCCGACACCUCCAGCGCUGCUAGCGACGAUGGCGGCGACGACGAGAAGAGAGAGUCGAAGAAGAAGCGCGGCAAGAGGCCUGCCAAGAACCUGGCACCAGAGUCGAAUGACGGUGACCACGAACUGCAAAGCACCGGCUCCGAGUCCGACUACGGCGAGAGCAGAGCAGACAGCACGAUUGGGUCGUACCUACACCCCAAGCGAGCUUCAUCAGUGGUCCCACCCACACCCGACCUCGUCCACGAUCGAAGCUCCACCAGCAUGAGCGUCGCCAGCGAAAGCACGGCCGCCACACCCCAAAGACACAGCCUGCAAAGCCAGUACAAGAACCGGGAAGAGGACAUCCCAGAAGUGCCCACGCACAUUGUCGACGACGAGGAUGGCCACAGACUCGAGGAGGUGCCGGAGGAGCCAGUCACCAAGUUCAGCACCAGUGGGCUCGAGCACCGCCACUAUAAUGAGCAGACCCAGUGA